GCGAAGGAUACGGAAGGAACGCGAAACUUGCAAAGCCAUUACUUCACCUCUGUAAAACUCUGGUCAUCGCCAUUGCGGACUCAUUUCUCGGUUUUUUAUGGAUUUUUCAGCGUUUUCAGCUUUUUCUUUUAGGGUCAGUUGAUUUAGAAGAUUUUCUAGAAAUUAGCAUGCCUUUUGACCCUUCUACUGCGUCGUAAUUCGCUACUUCACAGUUCAAUCCUAACCCAUCGCAUUGGUGACAGAUGACUCUAUACUAAGAAAAAUGAACGAAAAAGAAAAAGAAUUUCAGCUAGAGGCUGCGAAACUAGCCGAAUCUUUUUGCUUGAGCUCUUCUAUAAGUUCUGACAGCUUUUUGCCGAAAUACAGCGAAAACACCUAUUCACAUCUGGACGAUAUGGAGAAAGGUUGCUUAUGUUUACAUUCUGAUCCAGCUCCAACAUACUUCGAAUCAUCAAAGAAUUUCUUCAUGUCAAUAUUGUGGUUGAUUUUCUGGCCGGCAAAAAUUUCGAGAAUUCCUGAAGCACGACGCAGAGAAGAGAAUGGAGCUGUCCGGCUUGGUUGGUGCUUUAUUGGUUCAAUCGUAUUGGACUUUUUCUUUUCUUACUUUUUCCUUGUCCCCUUUAUAAAGGAAUCGAUGAAAGAAUAUGUAUGGUUAUGGUUUCAGAUUGCUCUAGCGAUUGUUCUUGUCAUCGCGGCUUUCUACAUGUUCUUGUUUGUUUUUUCACUGUUACUGGAUUUUUUUGCUUUAGUGCUUCCUCUAGUUACUUCUUUAAUUUCUGUAUUUAUUGCUGCUCUUGGUUUCAGGAUGUCGUCGGAAAGAAACGACUCGACGGAUGGUAAGUGGACCACACUAAGCACUAUGCCAGCAGAGUCUGAAAAUCAAUCCAACGAUCGUAGUGAUAAUACUGCCGAACAACCAUCAUCUGAACGUUUUGAGCAACAUCCAAGGACACAACACAAAUUGAGUCAGGCUAGGGAUGCUGAAAGCACUGGAAACGAAUCUCAUGCUUGAACCAUUUUUAUGAUGAUGUCCUGUCUUUUCAUUUAUUCUCUAAGCAGGCUUGUGUUUUUAUAUUUUAUUUUGUUUCCUUCGUUUCCCGUUGUAUUUAUUUCUAUCGAGCUUUUGCAUAUAAACACAAUUCAUAGGCCGUUGUUGUUGAAUCCCUAUUAGUUCCAUCGUGGCUUUUCGGCUUUGAGUAAUGAACAAGUGAAAUCGUCGCGGGAUGAUAUGGAUUGU